AUGGCAGAAGUUAUCCAUGAUGAUAAAUUGCUAAUUUACUUCUUCCAGGAUAGCUUUACAGGAUCGACUCUUAGCUGGUAUAUGAGGUUGGACAAUGUUAGAAUCAAGAAAUGGAUAGAUCUGGCCGAUGCUUUCUUAAAACAAUACAAGUUCAAUCUUGAGAUUGCUUCUGAUAGGACCAAUUUGAUUACCAUAGAGAAAAGAACUCAAGAGGCCUCAUACUACAAACAUCUUAUGGGUAGCUUAGCCCAGCAUUUCUAUGAUGCUGUGCGAAUUGCUGAAAGGAUUGAGCAAGGAAUCCAAAAUGGGAGAAUUGCAGAACUUGUAGAGAAGAAGGGUUUUUUUAGGAAGAAAAAGGAAACCGAGAUAGCUCCCUUACCAUUACCGCCUAUGCAACUGCCUUUCCCUACUUGGUACAACCCCGAGUUGACUUGUGAAUACCAUGCUGGUAAUGCGGGUCAUAGCAUCGAUAACUGCGUGGCUUUUAAGAAGAGGGUAUCACAGCAAAUUAAAAUCGGAUGGGUUACUUUUGAAGAUUCGCCUAAUGUGAAUUCAAACCCUCUACCCAAAUAUGCUGUAGGUGGUAGUGGAGUGAAUACUAUGGAGGUCGGAAGCAAAGAGAAGGUGCUAAAAGUGACCAUGGCGAGGCUGUGCGAGAUGUUGGUACAAUCUGGACAUUUGGAGAAACCAUCUGAACAUUGCAUGAGGAAAAAUGAUUUUUGCCCAUUCCAUAAAAAGAAAGGGCAUCACAUUGAUGAAUGUAUUGAGUUUCAUCAAAAGGUUGUGAGAAUGCUUACUUUAGGAGAGCUAAGGAUUGAGGAUGCAAUAGAUAAUGAAGAGAUAGAGAUGAUAGAUAAUCAGGGGAAAUGCAAAGUCCAAUCAACGGCUAAUGGGCUCUCGAAACUGGUAUUAACUAAGCCCUCAUAUACAAACAAAGUAGACUAUGGAGCGAUUCCUGGAGAUUAUGGUUAUACCUCGAAUGUGAAAACUCCUUUAUCAUUGUUUCAAACUGAGAUAAGUGGGCUAACUCAAAGUGGUCGUUGUUUCACACUUGAAGAACUAGAGAAGCAAAGAAAGGCUAAGGGCAAGGAGGUGUUGGACCUAAAUAAAGAUUUUGAGGUAAAUAAACCUAUUAUUAAGGAAGAAACAAAUGAGUUCUUGAAAUUGAUGAAGCAUAGUGAGUAUUGUAUAGUGGAUCAGUUAAAGAAGAUCCCUGCCAAGAUCUCCAUCAUGUCAUUAAUACUCAGCUCCGAGCCGCAUCGUAAUGCUUUGCAAAAAGUACUGAAUGAGGCCUAUGUACCCCAAGAUAUUGAACAAAAGACCAUGGAGCAUCUAGUAGGGAGGAUCCAUACUGCCAAUUACCUAUAUUUCAUGGAAGAUGAACUUGACUCUAAAGGAACAGGACAUAACAAGCCUUUGUAUGUCACGGUACGAUGUAAAGAUUGCCUCAUUGGUAAAGUUCUCAUCGAUAACGACUCAGCACUUAAUGUGUUACCAAGACAUAUGCUGGACGAAAUGCUAGUAGAUCCCUCACACAUGCAACCUAGUGUGAUGAUGGAUAGAGCAUACGAUGGCUCGCCAAGGAAAGUGAUAGGGACAAUUGAGGUCGAACUAGCUGUGGGUCCACAAGUCUUUCUAGUAACCCUUCAAGUGAUGGAUAUCCACCCUUCCUAUAGCAUGUUGUUAGGAAGGCCAUGGAUACAUUUUGUAGGAGCUGUCCCUUCCUCGUUGCAUCAAUGUUUGAAGUACAUUGCUAAUGGUGUUCUAGUGACUGUUAAGGUUGAGGAGACUAUAUCGAUGGUAAGAAAUGUGGCAGUUCCAUUCAUUGAAGCUGAAGAUUGUAAGGAUGAAAAUCUUCAUGCAUUUGAGAGGUUUGGGGUUGGAUAUAAGCCCAAGAAGGAGGAUUACAAGCGAGUUGUUGGUGCAAGAAGGGAGAAGAGAAUGGCGAGGAUUAAAGGAAGAAAGCCUGAAGAAGAGAGCUUAGCCAUCCCUCCUAUCAGGAUUUCUUCUCCAAAAGCUGUAUACGUGAUACAGCCUGAUAAGGGACAUGAAAACCUCCUUCAGAAGCUUUCUUCAAUAAACAUAAACAGUCUGGAGGAAGAUCAAGUUGAGGACGUCGUUGAGAAGUUUGAAUCUGGAAGAAAGGAUGAAAAGCUGCCGCAAUUAACCAUCUACAUUUUAGAAGAAUUUACUACCAAAACUUUCGUUCGAAAGCUAGCCGAAGGAGAGAAGUUCCAGAAUUGGGAGAUCCAAGAAGCUCCAUUGGUUUUCAAAAUGAACCCUGAAAGCGGAUCUUCCACAACAACACCUACACUUUACAUUGAGAAUGAAUGGCCAAACUUUAAAGAAGACAUAGUAGCUGUAGAAGAUGAGGAAUGGGAGAAGAAAAACAUUGGGGAAUUCACAAAAUUAAUAGAACAGCAUGAACAGGCUUGGAGGCCUGCUAAAGAGGAACUUGAAACCAUAAAUAUGGGCAAUGAAGAAAUCAAGAGAGAGUUAAAAAUAGGGACUUUGAUCACCCCUGAAGAGAAAGAAGAAUUGAUUACACUGCUCAAAGAUUACGUAGAUGUCUUUUCCUGGUCCUACGAGGAUAUGCCUGGUUUGGAUACGGAUAUUAUAGUACAUAGGAUACCACUGAUGGAUGGAUGCAAAUCAAUUAAGCAGAAGUUGAGGAGAACUCAUCCGGAGGUCUUAAUCAAAGUAAAAGCAGAAAUUGAAAAACAACGGAACACUGGUUUUUUGGAAGUAGUCAAGUAUCCAUAAUGGGUGUCAAACAUAGUAGUGGUACCCAAAAAGGAAGGUAAAAUCAGAUUUUGUGUCGACUUUAGGGACUUAAAUUGGGCUAGCCCUAAAGAUAAUUUCCCUCUACCACAUAUAGAUAUGUUAGUUGAUAAUGCAGCACGUAGCUCCACAUAUUCCUUUAUGGAUGGGUUUUCCGGAUACAAUCAGAUAAAAAUGGCAUAAGAGGAUAUGGAGAAGACAACCUUUAUAACACCAUGGGGGACCUUUUGCUACAAAGUCAUGCCAUUUGGUUUAAAGAAUGCUGGGGCCACCUACCAAAAGGCUAUGGUGACUUUGUUUCAUGACAUGAUGCACAAAGAGAUUGAAGUAUACAUGGAUGACAUGAUUGCUAAAUCUAGAGAGGGAGAAAAUCAUGUCCAAAUAUUAAAGAAAUUGUUUGAAAGACUAAGGAAAUAUAAGUUAAGACUUAACCCGGUGAAGUGCUUGUUCGGGGUGAAAUCUAUGAAAUUGUUGGGAUUUGUGGUGAGUGAUAAAGUAAAGGCUAUUCAAUCUAUGCCACCUCCCAAGACUGAGAAAGAUGUGAGAGGUUUGUUAGGAAGGUUGAAUUACAUUGCUCGGUUUAUAUCCCAAUUAACCAUGACUUGUGAUCCGAUCUUUCAUUUGUUAAGGAAGAAGAACCCAGAAAUUUGGAAUGAAGAGUGCGAAGAGGCCUUUUAGAAAAUCAAGCAAUACUUGUUGAAUCCGCCCUUGCUUGUUCCUCCUGUACCAGAAAGGCCAUUGAUAUUGUACCUAACAGUAAUAGAAACAACAAUGGGAUGUGUGCUUGGGCAACAUGAUGAAACCGGAAGGAAGGAAAGGGCCAUUUGUUACCUGAGUAAGAAGUUCACGGAAUGUGAGUCUAGGUAUACUAUGAAUGAGAAGUUGUGUUGUGCACUGACAUGGGCUACAAAGAGAUUACGUCAGUAUAUGUUGUAUGACACUACGUGGUUAAUUUCCAAAUUAGACCUGUUGAGGUAUAUUUGUGAAAAGCCCUAUUUAUCGAGCUGAAUUGCAAGAUGGCAAGUUCUAUUGGCUGAGUAUGACAUAGUAUAUAUGACAAGGAAAGCCGUAAAGGGGAGUAUUAUUGCCGAUCACUUGGCUGACCAUGCUAUGGAAGAUUAUGAGUCAGUAGACUUUGACUUUCUCGAUGAAGAUGUGCUUGCAAUCGAGGAAGAGAAAUCAGAUUGGUGGAUUAUGUACUUUGAUGGUGCUGUAAAUGUAUGUGGCAAUGGGGCAGGUGCAGUGAUAAUCUCUCCUGAUAAGAAGCAGUAUCCGGUUUCAGUUAAGCUGCAGUGGUGCACCAACAACACAAUUGAGUAUGAAGCUUGCAUUCUUGGUUUAAAAGCUGCAUUGGAGCUAAACAUUAGAAAGAUAGACGUGUAUGGAGACUCAAUGCUGAUCAUUUGCCAAGUAAAAGGAGAAUGGCAAACCAAGGAAGAGAAGUUAAGGCCUUACCAAGAAUACCUGUCUAAACUGGCUGGAGAAUUUGAGGAAAUAGAGUUCACCCAUCUAGGAAGGGAAGGAAAUCAGUUUGCAGAUGCUUUGGCUACACUAGCAUCUAUGGCCAAAAUAGAUUUUGGGCACAAGGUACAACCGGUACACAUCAAUAUCAGAAAUAACCCAGCUCAUUGUUGCUCAGUUGAAAGAGAAGUGGAUGGAAACCUUUGGUAUUAUGAUAUCAAGAAUUUCAUCCAAAACCAGGCAUAUCCCAUGGGGGAAUCCAAAAUCGACAAGAAGACCUUGAAGAGGUUGGUAACAGAUUUUUAUCUUGAUGGGGAGAUCUUGUAUAAGAAAUCAUUCAACGGGACUUUGUUGAGAUGUUUGGAUGAAUUUGAGGCAAAAAACACGUUACAAGAAGUCCAUGAAGGGAUUUGCUCAACCCAUGCUAAUGGACAUGUGAUGGCUAGGAAAAUACAAAGAGCCGGUUACUUCUGGAUGACAUUAGAGAAGGAUUGCAUCGACUAUGUCCGAAAAUGUCAUAAGUGUCAAGUGUAUAGUGACAAAAUAAACGCCCCUCCAGCUCCUCUGUUUAACUUGACAUCUCCAUGGCCCUUCGUGAUGUGGGGGAUUGGUGUGAUUGGACCUGUAAACCCAAAAGCCAACAAUGGUCAUAGGUUUAUUCUCGUGGCUAUUGACUACUUUACAAAAUGGGUAGAAGCUGGGUCAUUUGCUCAUGUAAUGCAGAAAGUAGUGAAGAAAUUUAUUGAGAGAGAUUUGAUUUGUCGAUAUGGUCCACCAAGAAAGAUUAUAACUGAUAAUGCCCAGAAUUUCAAUGGCAAGAUGAUAAUAGAACUCUACACUAAAUGGAAAAUCAAGCAUUCUAACUUUUCGCCGUAUAGACCAAAGAUGAAUGGUGCGGUAGAAGCUGCUAACAAGAAUAUCAAAAAGAUUAUUCAGAAGAUGGUAAUCACCUAUAAGGAUUGGCAUGAGAUGCUGCCAUUUGCCCUUCAUGUGUAUCGCACCGCAGUUCGAACCUCAACAGGAGCCACCCCGUACAUGUUGGUAUAUAGAAUGGAGGCGGUUAUACCUUUAGAAGUGGAAAUCCCCUCAUUGAGAGUACUGGUGGACUCUGAGCUAGAAGAGGUAGAAUGGGCAACAGUUAGAUAUGAACAACUGAAUCUGAUUAGUGAAAAAAGGAUAGCCACAAUCUAUCAUCAUCAACUCUACCAAAGAAGGAUGGCCAAAUCAUAUGACAAAAAGGUUCGACCUCGAGGAUUCCAUGAAGGAGAUCUUGUACUGAAGAAAAUAAUGCCUUUACUAAGAGAAGAUCGAAGUAAAUGGGCGCCGAACUAUGAGGGCCCUUAUGUGGUGAAGAAAGCAUUCUCAGGAGGAGCUUUGUUGUUAUUUAGAAUGGAUGGAGAAGAUCUAGUUAGGCCAGUGAAUUCUGAUUCUGUAAAGAAAUAUUACGCUUGA